UGCUCUUUCUUUCUCAUUGGAUCGCAGCGCAGCUCGGUUAGACAGGAGGGGGUGGGGGUUUGGCUUUUCUUCUCCCUAAAGACAGUAUUAAAGCAUCAUUCCUGCACCAGUGUGGAGGAGAGAGAGACACAUCUUCAUCUGUACUGCUGCUGAGCCGAGGAGAGCAUCUCACCAUCAGGGGCGGACCGGCUGUGAGAUGUACGGCAGGCAGAUGGAGUCCAACGUUGGAGCCGAGGAGCUGACGGAUGAGGAGAAGGAAAUUAUCAACAGUGUGCUGGCGAGAGCCAAGAUGAUGGAGGCCAUGGAGCAAGAGAGGAUUGGGCGUCUGGUAAAUCGCCUGGACAGCAUGAAGCGGACGGCCUGCGGUGACGGCUACUCCCGUUGUUUACUCUGCGGCCAGCAGUUCGGCCUUACGGGCGUCAGCGCGGUCGUGUGUGCGGAGUGCAAAAAGAACAUGUGCACUAAGUGUGGCGUUCAAAGCAUCAGUCGUUCCAGUCCAAAAUGGCUGUGCAAAAUCUGCUGUGAGCAAAAAGAGAUGCUGAAGCGGUCUGGAGCCUGGUUUUUCAAAGGUUCACCACAGCAGGUUUUACCUGCUCCUUUACCCAUCUCUAAUCAGAAAGCGCUCAGUACCACCAGUGCACCAACCUCUACCAAUCCAUCAACCUAUCAGGAGUCUUCAAUACCUUCAAGGCCAAAAAAUGGAGAGAGCAUGCAGGUCACCGGCAGAGAGCAGCAGAUAUCUGCAGAAACGAUGCCCCCUAAACGAGAGGAGCGUUCUGUCAUAUCCCAAAGAGCCCUAGAAGAAGACCGAGGUAGACAGACUUUGAGCAGGAACACAAUUCAGUCCAACGUCCCCAUGGAAGGACAAACUUACCCACCUGUGGUGACGAGAGAAAUACUGGUUCUGAGCUCCAAACCUCCGAUGUCGACCUUUUCCACGACUUCCAUACAAAAAGAUCCUGUGAGUCGACCGGAGGCCAGGGCACCACCUGCUAUGCAGACCGACGCACGUUUGCCAGCUGCCAACAGCGUUCCCGCUUCACGCCAGCCACCACCCCCCACCGUAGAGGAUGAAGAGGAUGCCAACAGCUAUGACUCUGACGAUGCCACCACUCUGGGCAUGCUGGAGUUCAGUCUGCUCUACGAGGAGGAGAAAAACGAACUGCACUGCAAUAUAAUCAAAGCAAAGGGUCUGAAGGCAAUGGACUCCAAUGGUCUGGCUGAUCCUUAUGUGAAAUUACACUUGCUUCCAGGAGCCAGUAAGUCGAACAAACUAAGAACAAAGACUCUUCAUACCACCUUGAACCCUGUGUGGAACGAGACCCUCAUUUAUCAUGGCAUCACUAAUGAAGACAUGCAGAAAAAGACUCUCAGGCUUUCUGUCAAUGAUGAGGACAAGUUCGGCCAUAAUGAGUUUAUCGGCGAGACACGGGUGGUCUUGAAAAAGCUGAAGCUGAACCAGAAGAAAACCUUCAAUGUGUGUCUUGAGAGAGCGAUUCCGCAGGUGAGACGUUCUGCUGGCGGAGGUGCUUCUCGUGGCAUGGCGCUCUAUGAGGAGGAGUUGAAGGACGAUGAAGAGGCAGAGGAGAGGGGACGCAUCCUGGUUUCUCUCACCUACAACAGCCAACAAAGUCGUCUGAUUGUGGGUGUAGUUCGAUGUGCUCAUCUGGCAGCAAUGGACUCGAAUGGUUAUUCUGACCCCUUUGUAAAGAUUAACUUGAAGCCCGACAUGGGAAAGAAAGCGAAGUAUAAAACUCAGAUCAAGAAGAAGACCCUUAACCCUGAGUUUAAUGAGGAGUUUAGCUAUGACAUCAAGCACGGUGAACUGGCGAAGAAGACUUUGGAUAUCUCUGUCUGGGAUUAUGACAUGGGAAAAUCUAAUGAUUUCAUUGGUGGAUGCCAGCUUGGUAUCACCGCUAAAGGCGAAUGUCUGAAGCACUGGUAUGAAUGUCUGAAGAACAAGGACAAGAAGAUCGAACGCUGGCAUGUUCUGUUGAAUCAAAACAACAUUGAGGCAGAUGACUGAGGUGUCGUAUCUCCUGACACCAUACAGUUCUAUCUUCCAAACAAAGUAAUCUCGCUUCCAAACUUGAACUGCAUAAUGUUUUAUUUUCAUUCAGAAAAAAAGAAAAGCGUUUGCCUUUGCUUCUCCUGAAACCCUGUGAUGAGCUUUAGUGGUCCAACUGAGAGAAAAAAAACUAGAAAACCCAGUUACUUCUGUAUAUUUUCCUUUCAGUAAAUGCCUUAAAGAACAAAACCUCAUGAAUACAAAUGUGACGCAAAUAUUUUAGUCAUCGAACCCUGGAACCAAAUAUACUCAAGGACACUGGGCAAAAAAGGACGUUACUCUUCCAGUAAAAUAGCACGUGAAAUGCUAUUUAUCUAUUGUACACGCUAUUGUUUGCCAUUAGAAAUAUACACUGUGCUUACAUGUCUUUUAUUGAUUUAUGUUUAUGUUUAAUUCAGUGUGUCACAGACGAGGAACACUGUGCGUAAGACAAAUUGUGAAUAUGAAGUUUAGAAAAGUAAUAUUAGAGUUGUAUACAGUACAUGACAGGUUGUCUAAUUUCAAUAUUGCAUUAGCUACGUAUGGAAAAUGUCUUGUUAUGUGCAUGGAAUUCAUGGACACGUGUUCUCCAAUUAUACGUUAUUGUCAUAGUUAAGUUGAAUUGAUUUCUGUAACAUGUUUACAGGUAUGAUAACAGGUGGUGUUAGUUCACAGUGCCCAAUAAAGUUCUCAGUUAUUGCCUAUGGA